CACAGUUCUUCAAUCUUCAAUCCCAACAUGGCGCCUACAACGCACCAAAGAAAGCGAAAAGCGGUGACACGCGAUGUCGAUGUUCCAGAGAUUUCCAAUGUAGAAUCUGAGGCCGAAUUUGGAGAUGCUCUGUUGGAAGGAAUCCUGUCGCAAAGUGAAGAUUCAGACGACGACAGCGGGGAAGAGGAGGAAGAGGAUAGCGACGACGAAAAUGACGAGGAAGAUGGGCUUGAGGCGCUCGAUAGUGAUGAGAUCCCCACGGAUGGCGACAGCGACGCGGGGAAGUCGAAUGGCAAGGCGACAACUGCCAAUGGCGCAAAUGCUAUUGUUGAGAAGAUCAUUGGAGAGCAGCAAUUGGUAGAGGACGACGACAAGCCAAACUAUACCAUCACGACGGAUGCGAAUGGAGGAGAGCGUUACGUUUAUGAGGAAAUCAAUCCUGUGUAUGAUAGUGACGACUCUGAUGCGCCAAUCACAACCAAUACCAUAGGAGAUAUCCCACUGUCAUUCUACGAUUCAUAUCCUCACAUUGGAUACGACAUCAAUGGCAAGAAGAUCAUGCGGCCAGCAAAGGGGGAAGCGCUGGAUGCACUUUUGGACAGUAUAGAUGUUCCUAAAGGAUGGACUGGUCUCACGGACCCGACUACUGGCAAACCUCUCAACCUAAGUCAAGAUGAACUAGAAAUUCUACGAAGGAUACAGACCAAUGAGCUUCCAGAAGAUGGCUAUGAUCAAUAUCCCGUAUGUAAAGUCCCAACGCAUUUCGAAAAUCAAACGCUAACUAGGUUUUCAGGCCACUGUGGAAUACUUUACUGGCAUCGAAGAGAUCAUGCCUCUGAGUGCUGCUCCUGAGCCUAAGCGACGAUUCCUUCCUUCGAAGCAUGAGGCCAAGCGAAUUAUGAAGAUUGUUCGAGCUAUACGGGAAGGUAGAAUCUUGCCUUAUAGACCACCCGAGGAGCAAAAAGAGGAGGACGAAGAGGUGCAUUAUGAUAUUUGGCAAGACGAAGUACCACGACCAGACCAUAUCAUGAAUAUUCCAGCUCCCAAAAUGCCACCUCCUGGAUACGACAUGAGUUACAAUCCACCACCGGAAUAUCUCCCUACAAAAGCGGAGAAGCAGGCUUGGGAAUCAACUGAUGUUGAAGACCGAGAAAAGGAAUACUUACCCACAGCAUACGAUGCACUACGAAAGGUACCAGCAUAUGAUAAAUUCAUCAACGAGAGAUUCGAGAGAUCAUUAGAUUUGUACUUGGCCCCAAGAGUACGAAAGAACCGACUCAACAUAGAUCCAGCAUCAUUGCUACCAAAACUACCGAGACCCGAAGAAUUAAAACCGUUCCCAACAGUAUGCUCGACGCUAUUCCGAGGCCACGAAGGCCGUGUUCGAUCCUUAGCAAUCGAUCCUUCUGGUGUAUGGCUCGCGAGUGGAGGUGAUGAUGGUACGGUGCGCGUGUGGGAACUUUUGACUGGAAGGCAAAUCUGGAGUGCGAAAAUUGGUGACGAGGAGGCUGUCAAUGCUGUGAGAUGGCGUCCUGGAAAGGACGCAGUUAUUAUUGCAGCAGCAACUGGGGAGGACGUGUAUCUUCUUGCGCCGCCAGUCGUUGACCCUGAGACUGAUGCUGCAAGCCGAGCGAUCUUGGAUCACGGCUUUGGACACGCAACCAAUGCAGCUCCAUCUUUGACUGCACAUGGUGCUAAGAAGGAACCCGUUGCGAAAUGGACUCGUCCUGGAACUCGUCUGGAAGAUGAAGGAGUUCUAAUAAAAAUAACCUUGCGAACGACAGUCAAAGUAAUCAGCUGGCAUCGUUGCGGCGACUUCUUCUCCACUGUCUCGCCAACCGCUCAGAGAACUGCCGUCGCAAUCCAUACAUUGUCAAAGCAUCUUACACAGAUCCCAUUCCGUCGACUUCCAGGUAUUCCACAAACCGUGCAAUUCCAUCCUUCUAGACCGUUAUUCUUUGUUGCCACUCAACGCACAAUCCGAAGUUACGAUCUGCAGAAGCAAGAGCUUGUCAAAAUCAUUCAGCCCGGUGCUCGCUGGAUCUCAUCCUUUGACAUUCAUCCUGGGGGAGACAAUCUUAUCGUAGGAUCUUAUGAUCGACGUCUUUUGUGGCAUGAUCUCGAUCUCUCAACGAGACCUUACAAGACCAUGAGAUUCCAUUCUAAGGCUAUUCGAGCGGUCAAGUACCAUAAAGGAGGAUUCCCUCUCUUCGCAGAUGCCAGUGAUGACGGUAGUCUUCAAAUCUUCCACGGCAAGGUGGUUAGUGACAUGAUGGAGAAUGCGACUAUUGUUCCAGUCAAAGUACUGAAGGGCCACAAAGUGAAGAGUGCAUUAGGUGUUAUGGAUAUUGAUUGGCAUCCGAGGGAGCCGUGGUGUGUUAGUGCUGGAGCGGAUGGAACGUGCAGGUUAUGGAUGUAAUACCAUUCUCUUUAGAUAGAUGUGCUUGUUGUAAUUCAUAGCCAGGGCGUUGUUGGCAGGAAAACAUUUUUGAUCAUACAUACAGAGCCGCUUUCGAACGCCCUUCUUUCGAUUUCACUUCCUUUAAAUGAAUAGUUCCAAGAUAUACAUGCAUGAGAA